ACUCGUUUUUCCACUCUUUUUCCUAUUUAAUUUUAUAUAUUUUAUUUACUUUUUGCUAUUCACAAUGUGCGACUUUGAUAUUACUAGUUUCCGUGAUAAAUCCUCAACAUCAAAUACACAAAAUCCAAAUCAAGGAGAAAGUACAUAUACUGCUUUUUUGGAAAAACGGAAAUUAUUAGGUUUAGACGACUCGGAUUCAGACUCUGAUUCAGACGAAGACUCAACUUCAAAGAAACAAAAAAAGAAAUUACAACCACAACAACAGGACGAACCAUCAAAACCAACGACAUCGACAAUAGACACCGAUAAAAACAAAAUAAACGACACUGUAGAUAUAAUAGAUAAUGAUAAACAACCCGAUCAGAUUGCAUCAACAUUACAUUCUCAAGUGAAAACGGAAUUGGUUAACAAAACAUCAAUAGAUUUAUGCAAUGAUUCAACCGAUAGCUCUGUGCCAAUAGAAAUUACUGAUGCACCAAUAACACCUAAACGACGAACGCCAGCACUGGAACUCAGUAUAUCUAUGGAUAUUGAAGAUUUAGAUCCAGAACUUGCAGAGCUUACUGCUGAGGAAAGACAUACACCCGCCACAACUGAUUCUAUAGGAACUGAUACUGAACCUCAAAAAGUGCAAAUCAAGGUUACCUAUGUUAGUUUACUUGAAACGGUCGACCCGGUAUUACAAAACGUUAUUAACAUAUUAUCAAAACCUGUCAAGGUGAUCAUGAUGGAUAAUCAUCGAUUUGAUACUUUACUUGGUGAAUAUUGUAAAAAGAAAAGAUUAAUGAUGAAAGAUAUGAUCCUGGUAUAUGAAAAUGUACCUGUCGUUUUACGUGCUACUCCUUCAAGUUUAUCCAUGUCUACACUAUCGGUCAACAAAAUGGAGGUUUAUAAAAGAGAUGAAUUUGAAAGGAAGAUGAAGUUGGAACAAGAAAUCAAGGCAGCUAGAUUGAGUCAAUUAGCUGAAGAAGGAUUGGAAAUGGAUGAUGAUUACCAUGAAGAUUACAACAACAACAACAACAACAACAAUAGUGAUCACAUGAAUAACAAUGACACAUCAAUACCACAAGAUAGUGAUUAUUUACAUAUCAAACUACGUGGAAAGGACAAGAAGGAUGUUGGACUUCGUGUAAAACCGACAACAACAGUAGAAUCAAUGGUAAAACAAUACAUUCGGCUGAUGGGAUUGGAUAUGACACUUUUACCCAAAAUACAAUUAUCAUUUGAAGGGGAAACUUUGGCACCAUCAACGAGGAUAGAAGAUACGGAAUUGGAGGAUGAAGAUAUGUUAUCGGUGAUGAUUCAUAGUUAAGUUACUUUUUAUUUUAUUUUUUAUU